AUGCGUUUCCAAGCUUCCCUCGCGGCCCUCUUCGCUAGCUCCGCCUUUGCCAGCACCGUUCUCCUCCAUAGUCUAGACGGCACAAACUGCGUUGUCACUGUGGAAAACUUCGCCGGGUGGUCAGGUACCUCGAGCCCAAUCGGCAUAUACCACGCCGACACCAACUCCUGCUCAGACAUCGGCACCGACACUUCCUCAAGCGCUUACCCCGUGGCUGUUGCUGGACCCGCAGGCGCAUCAAACAUGCCCCCAGGCAUCUUCUUGUACUAUUCCCCAUAUGGAGGCGCGGGUACUGGCACUUUCGUCGUUGAUCCGGCAGAUAAUGAUUCGGCUUGGACUAUCAUUGACAUCAAUACUGUUGGUACCACUCAGGAUAUUACCUGGUCCAACAGCGGUUUGCCAUCUGGUCUCUAG